AAACACGCCUCUGGUUGUGUUGAAGUCCAUCAAGACUAUCGAAAGCGACUCUAGGCUAUAUAAGAGACGCGGGUAGUCAGGGGAACUCGCUAUAUCGAAUUGAAAAAGCGAAAGUAUAGACUCCGAAUGUAAGUAUGUCAUCCAGCAUACUUUUAAUAAGACAAGUUCAGUCCAUCGUCAGAUUCUCCAAAGUUUUGCAGACGACUUGGACAUCUCAGCGAUCAAGCCUGCAGUUCCUUGGAUGUCGUGCCCUCCAUGUGGACAGUGCCCCCACCGUGCCCGAGCUCACCACCAGCUAUGUCCACGGCACGUCCUCCCGGUCGCUGCUGUCCCUGACCGUGGGCCAGGCCCUGCAGAACUCUGCCGAGCGCUGGCCGGACCGCGAGGCUGUGGUCUUCCUCCAGGAAGGUGUCCGCAAGACCUUCGCACAGUUACAGCAAGAUGUGGACCAGGCGGCCGCUGGGCUGCUUGCUCUGGGGCUCAAGAAGGGGGACCGGCUCGGAAUGUGGGGGCCAAACAUCUACGAGUGGAUCGUGUUCCAGUUCGCCACAGCCAAGGCUGGCAUCCUACUGGUGUCUGUGAACCCAGCCUAUCAGCUUCAUGAGCUGGAAUUUGCCCUGAGGAAGGUGCAGUGCAGUGCUGUCGUGUGUCCCACGAAGUUUAAGACCCAGAACUACUGUGACAUGCUGAGGCAGAUCUGCCCUGAGGUAGAGACAGCAGCACCUGGAGGGCUCAGGAGCGCCAGACUGCCAGACCUGCGUGCGGUGAUUGUGACGGACAGCCGCCAGCCCGGAAUGUUCCACAUGGACGACGUGAUGCAGGCGGCGGGCAGCCAGCAUCGGCAGGAGCUGGACGUCCUGCAGAGGAAGCUGUCCUGCGACGACCCCAUCAACAUCCUGUUCACAUCGGGCACCACAGGCAGCCCAAAAGGUGCUACUCUGUCCCACCACAACAUCCUCAAUAAUGCCAACCUCAUAGGGAUACGUUUAGGCUACAACUGGAGGCCGCAGGUGCGCGCGUGCCUGCCCGUACCCCUGUAUCACUGCUUCGGCUCUGUGGGAGGAGCGCUGAGCAUGGCGGUGCACGGCAUCACGGUCGUCUUCCCCUCGCCCGGUUACGACGGCCGGGCCAACCUGGAGGCCAUACAGAAGGAGAGGUGCAAUUAUUUCUAUGGCACGCCCACCAUGUUCAUCGACAUGCUGGGGCAACCAGAACUGAACAAGUUUGACCUGUCCUCUUUGAAGACUGGAAUAAUGGCCGGUUCUCCCUGUCCAGCUGAGGUGGUGAAAAAGCUCACGGCUACCCUGAAUAUGGAAGUGUUGAUCGGGUACGGCACCACAGAGAACAGCCCCGUCACGUUUAUGGUGUUCCCGCUGGACAACAUGGAGAGGAAGUCUGAGACGGUGGGCUGCGUCCUGAGCCACACUGAGGCUAAGGUGGUGGACCCCAGCACUGGGCUGAUCGUGCCCCUGGGGGUGUCCGGAGAGCUGAUGAUCAGGGGCUACUGCGUGAUGCUGGAGUACUGGGACGAUCUGGCCAAAACACAGGAGUGCGUCUCCAAGGACCGCUGGUACAGGACCGGGGACAUCGCGAGGCUGGACGGGUACGGGUACUGCCAAAUCGAGGGCCGGAUGAAAGACAUGAUCAUCCGCGGGGGGGAGAACAUCUACCCAGCCGAAAUCGAGCAGUUCCUUCACACCCACCCCAAAGUGCACGAGGUGCAGGUGGUUGGGGUGCCGGACGAGCGGAUGGGGGAGGAGGUGUGCGCCUGCAUUAAGCUGAAGGAGGGGCAGGACUGCACUGCUGAGGAAAUCAAAGCCUACUGCAAGGGCCAGAUUGCCCACUUCAAGGUCCCGCGCUACGUGACAUUUGUGCAGGGCUACCCGCUCACUGCCACUGGGAAGAUCCAGAAGAACAAACUGCGUGCAGAGGUGGAGAAGAGUCUGGGAAUAUGAUGAGCCACAUCUGAGCAUGUGUGUGUGUUGAGUGUGUGUUUUAGGGUGGCACAAAAAACAAGAUUUUCUAAAUGGGACAAUUUCCACAGGGGCAUAUUUGGCAAUGUAUGCAAAUUUUUGUGGGGUUUUUUUUGAAACAUUACUUUUUCUGACCCUUGACCGAAAAAAAAACUUACGGUAUCAGUUCAGCUCUGCAGUCUCCAUCAGGCACAGAAGGCAGAGAUGAAGUUCCACUCAUGAAGUUUCCUGGAGGCGCGCAGAGAGACGCACGCUGACGUGAGAUCCAGGAGUCAUCUGGAGAAGCGUCGUCUCCAGCGUUGUCUCCACUUCAGAAGGUCUUACAAUGAUGUCAUUUUGGCACGGGUACACUUUGACAUAAUUUAAGGUGCAUGCCGUCUCCUUGUGGCCACAGUCUUGAGAUGAUCUCUUGCCUUACUUUGACGUUUUCUACAUUCAGACCACGAGAAAAUGGAGAGGAAUUUUGUUGUCUGGUAAUGUUUAUACAAAAGCAAGGACCUUGGUGUCUGACUCAUCUCCAAUGUGUUAUGCCGACACAGGAUUUAGGGGAAAAAAAACAAAGGAUAAAGAUGUGAUCUACAAAAUCGAGGUAAUAGAGAAAUGUAGUCAUGGAGAUCUAUGGUUAGAAAUAAGCGAUAGGCAAUGAUUAAGCCCUAGGAAUCGAGUCAGAAUUAGUGAUAGAAUAUCUAUCCCUUCCACGCAGAUGAAAGUAAUUUGGCUAAUAAAACUUGAAGCACAAUUAAGCAGAUGACAUUAUACAGUACCUAUAUCUGCAAGGCUCUCCAAAUAUCUUCUGAAAUUGCCAAGUGUGUCAUGUGAACGAUGCACAGAAAUACAAAGUUGACUCACAAGAACAGUUUUCAUGUCCAACUCACAGUGGCCAUUUUCUGGCCCUUUGCAAUCCUUGUGUGUGUGUGUGUGCGUGUGUGUGUGUGGAUGUGUGUGUGUGUGGGUGUGUGCGCGUGCGCACGCGUGUGUAGGCGGACAAUGGCCCGUUUUUAAAUCAACCUCCUCCUAACUUCAUUUUUGCCCAAAUACGUUUAAUGGCAUUCUUAUUCCAUAUGCGAGCCAAAGAUAUGAAAUCAUGUAUUUUUUUUUUAUCACUGAUCAUGCAUAUUCAGUACUUCUUGUCUUAAAACUGCACAGAGAUUUUAUACAGAUAAUUAUGCUUUUGGUUUUGUGUAUGUUGUUUGUUUGUGUUUGUGUUGGGUAAGGUUGUGGGGAGGGAGCGUAUGCUUCACCGCGCAAAAUGUUCCCAGUGGAGCGUUUUGUCGAUGCCUCUGCGUGUUGUCGUUGAGAGGACAUUUUAUGCUUGCUGGGUUGUUUCACAGAUGACUUUCUAAACCCUGGGGCUAAGUGAAGCAGUCCUGUCUGCCAAAGAAUCCAGAAACCAAACAUGAAAGCCAAUGCCUGCAACUCCUUGCAAUGCCUUUUGUUGGGUAAAAAUGCCAAAAGAAGAAACAAAAAACAAAACAAAACGAUCUCUCUUCUUAAAACAAUCUAGUCGCUAAGGAAACACAAAUAUGACUAAUUCAGCUGUGGACCAAGUCUGUUACUGUUUUAAUGCAAUGUGCAUGUUUUAAGCCAAUGUUAAAUGUGAUUCUACCAUGAGAAAUAGAAAUGAUUUUCAUUUCUGCAAGUCACUCUGCAACCCUGAGAAAAUUACAUUACAUUACAUUACAGGCAUUUAGCAGACGCUCUUAUCCAGUGCAUCAGCUCAAAUUCAGCCAGUUUGGAGAGGCAGCUGCAAAGCUUUGAGGUCACAGCAGGACAGGAAGCUCACAGACUGGACCUUUUUUUUGAGGGAGAGGGUGGGAGGUGGGGCUUGGGAUUGGGAGGAAACUCGCUUCCCCUGCAGGCCCCCAGUAACUCGUACUUUCUGUUAUUUACAGUCCUGGCCGAAUUCAUAUGCAGUGAUUGAUACUUUUCCUACUUUACAGUGAAUUAAUUUAAAUACUGCAGGCCCCAUUUGUAUGCUGUGACCAAUGUGUAAACUAAAUACAACUUUACAGAAUACAGCCUCAAAAUCCUACAGAAACAUCCUAUAGAUCCUGUCACUUCCCUCCCUGGCUGCGUCACAAUCACCCCCCCCCCCCCCCCCCCCCCCCACCUCCCCCUCCCUUAAUCAUCUUUCUUCACUGCCAAAAGAGGACAAGGAAGUACAAAGUAAAGUUUUGCCUGGUCACAUGACACAUUUUUUGCAAUGCACAAGCAUGCUGAAGAAUUAUUUGAUGAUGUAGUCCCCCUAGUGGCUGUAUCUAGUAAAUAAAUAAAAAUUCCUCAGUGUUUCUUCCACUGAGCUUCAUUAUGAACUGGUUAAGUUUUAAUGGAAAAAUACUUCCCAUCCAUUCUUGAGGUUCAUUUUGACAUCAAAACAUAUUUUAGAAUAUAGUGAUUGAUUUUUUUGAAGGAUCUUUUCUGUUGAUUAACACAUUUUUGGUCCAAUCUUUUUUCAUGGUAAGAUGUCUGAAAUCAUCCAGCAGGAACGUGUAGCCCUCUGUAGUUCCAGACUAGUUUCCUGUAGUUUCCUGUCAAGCCUGAUAGCUUCUUGCGAUUAAAAUAUUGGCAAAAUAAACUUUGCUCAUUUCAUGUUGAAA